AUUCUCAUUGUGUGACUGUAAUGUUUUUUAUUUAAAAAAGAAUUUAUUUAUCAGCAUUGUGAAAAAUGUUACCGACAGAUAUUUGUCGCACAUGCACACUGCAUGGUGAUAGCUUGUUUCCGCUAACGACCCGCACAGAUAAAUAUGAAAAUAAAAGUUUAAUUGAAAUGUUACUUGAAUUGACACAAAAUGAUCCCCUGCUGGAGCAUACAGAUGACAGUCUGCCGCAGAACUUGUGUAGUGGCUGCUUGCACAAGUUGGAGGCUGCGUAUGCGUUUGUAUUGCAAGCGCGCCACGCUCAAGAGCAAUUGUUAUUGCAGCUGCGCAAAGGCUUGCAGACACAGUGCUUGGAUGAGAUGCCUAUAGACAUUAACUUGCAGAACAUCAAAACUGAGAUGAUCGUUGACAUGCAACCGGCUAGCAAAGCCAAGAGUGAAGAAGAUGAGACGGAGUCUGAAGAGAGGGAGCAAGACAUGGCUGCAGUGGCUAUUCCAGCCCUGAAAUGGCAGCCAGACAGCGACAGUGAAAGUAAUCGGAAUGCUGCUGAUGAACAGGAUAUUACCUUUAAGCCCAAGCAGCUGCGGCGCAGCGCACGUAAAGCCAAAACCUACACAGAUAGCGAAAAUGAAGCACCAUCUAUCGAUGCGACUUCCUUGCCCAUCAAACGGCGACGCGGUCGUCCAGCACGUCUUAAAACGGAGGGAAUUAACGAAGAAGGACGGCAUGUGUGCGAGGCUUGUGGAAAGAGCUUCUCCUGGUACCGUGACAUGCAACGUCACUCGCGCAUUCACUUCGAGCAUCCAACCUUCGUGUGUGAGAGUUGUGGCAAGAGCUUCUUGCGCAAAGACAAAUAUAUGUUUCAUCUGCGUUCGCAUGAAAAGCGUGCAACCAAAUGUCAGGCCACGCAAUUGAGCACCGAGUGGUGUUUUGCUGAACGUCUCUACAACUCCGGCCGCCUCAAGCAGGCGGAGUGCAAACUGUGCGGCUCGAAAUACCAGCGUAUAGGAGACCUGCGCGAUCAUAUGACCGGCCAUAAGAGCAUCGAGACAUUGUCUAAACUGAGUCUGGAGAGCGACGUUAUCAGAGAACAGUUUACUAAAGAGCAGCAACAGGUUGACCUGGAUCUGAUCAAACAACAAAUAUGUGCUGACAUUGCCAGAGGACGUGAGCAGCUGGACAAAUACUGCGCCGUGGUUAACGCGUACGGAUAUGAGCUCUGUCUUAGCGACUCAGACGAUGAAGCAGCUGAUCAAUCGCCUAAAUACCAGUGUCGUCCAUGCAACAUCAACUUCACGCGCAAAUAUCGCCUUAUGCGGCACACACUGGAGGAGCAUACACAGGCGGAAUCCGUAGUGUCUUGGCAACGCUGUGAUGUCUGCCAAAUUGGUUUUGUGUGUACUACAAUGUUGGAGCAACAUCAACGCACGCAGUGCCACAGCAAACUUAAGCGUUAUAGUUGUCCCAACUGCCCAGGUAAAUUUAUCUGGCAGCAGAACCUGGAGCAGCACGCGUGCUCGCAACGUAGCAAGCAGCACAACGAGCAACGACAACAACAGCAAAAGCAGUGCUGUCUCUGUGAUAUCCAAUUGAGCACCAUGUUCGAGUUACGUGCCCAUUUGCUUAGCCAUCAAGAUGGGCGCAAUGGGAUACAUCCGGAGCUGCAGGCGACCUUCUUUCGCACCUACUAUCCCAACGGCCUUGACUGCAGCUUAUCGGAGCUGAGCGCACGGAUUGCCGCUGACUUUAAGGCGGAGGAUUAUGGGCGAUACUUUAAUGCCAAAACGAGCAACGGCGAGGAGCUUGAUUUCUUUGCAUCGGACUCAGACUUGAGUGAUGCAGACCAGCUGAGUUGUAGCGGUAGGUUUCACAUAUGUUGCCUCUGUGGCGAAACGAAAAAGCGUCUCAGUCAAUUGCUCGAGCAUCAGCAAAGCCAUCAUAGUGAGGUGCAGGAAAAGUUCCCAUACGUGUGUGAUGACUGCGAUUUGAGUUUUGUAGCUGAGGCUCUGCUCCAACGGCAUCGCCGACGUGUCUGUGCUAAGCAGCAUGCCAAGUACGAGUGCCAGCAGUGUAAUCAGCGCUUUUACUGGCUUCCCAAUUAUGAGUUGCAUGUGCAGCUGCAUCACGAGACCCAUCCUGAGCUGCAGACGGAAUUUGUCGAUGAACAGGAGCGGGAGUUGCGGAUGAGAGGUAAACGCCAGUCCAGAGCGGCCAAGCUGCAGUGCGGCGAAUGCGAAAAGGUGUUCAUCUGGCCGAAGGAUCUGACGCGUCAUAAGCGGCUGCACCAGCCACAGGCUUUGGCACAAUACCAAUGCUUGCACUGCGACCGCAAGUUCCAUCGCAAGGAUGGGCUUAAGUCGCAUAUGCGUGUGCAUAGCGAACAGCAGGCGAAUGCUCCACUUGCCAGUGAACAAGCUCCAUCCACCCUGCAGCGCAUGUCCGUGGUGCUGACCCAACUAUGUCGACCUAAUGGCUGCAAGCAAAUUCAAUGCAUGAUAUGCCUCUCGCAACACACCAAAAUCUCUGAUUUGCGCACUCAUUUGCUCGACCAUCAGUUUUCGGUCAAAUUCGGAGAGGAGCGGAGCCAACCAGAAAGCAUUGCGGGGAUUUCACGUUUGCUGUAUCCAGAACUACCCGAACCAUUGGUGGAGCAGCAACUAAUCGAACGCAUCCAAAAUGAUCUGAGAAAAGGCGUGGAGCUCGAGAGAUUCAUUUCCAUUACAAACGAGGCGGGCAUUGAACUCAGCCUGGACAGCAGCGAAACAGAAACCGAUUCGGACUCAGCCGAGACAGUCAAAAGCAACAGCGGGCAACUGUAUAGCUGUGAGCUAUGUCAGCUAAAGCUGACUCGCAAGCAUCAGCUCUACGCCCAUGAGCUGGAGCAGCAUUCGUGGCAGCAAGCAACUCAUGUUUGUAGCUACUGCCAGGCGAGAUUCGUAAAUGAGCAGCUGCUGGAGCAUCACUAUCGCACGCUCUGUCGCAACGCGCACCGACGUUUCAUGUGUCGGAAAUGCCCAUUGCGUUUCCGCUGGCGCGAGAAUAUGAAGUUGCACUCGGACGUGGCGCACAACGAAGCUGGAGGCGAGCAAUCGACCUUAGACAUUAAGAUGAACGGGACGCGCCUUUUACCCAGCGUGAGUUACAACUGCACGGAAUGCAACCGUAGCUUCAAAAUGCAAAAGGAUCUCACUCGACACACUCUGAUGCAUGCCCAGGAGUCGAGCAUUUACCGUUGCCGCUGGUGUGCACGACGUUUCUAUCGCCAGGCCAAUCUUUUGCAGCACAUUGAGCGUCACGGCAUUAGCGCCGAACAACUGCCCUAUGCUGAGGCACUGCUCAAUGCUAGCCGCCAUCCCCAUGGACAGAAGUGUAUCCAAUGCAAGGUGUGUAAUGUGACUUACCCCACCAUAGCUGCGCUGCGCACCCAUCUUCAAUCUGCGCCAGCAGGCACACAUCAUGAGUAUGGCUCGUUGCUAAACUACUCAAUCACCAAUCAGCUGGGAUACGAGCUGCAUCUGGAAGACUCGGAAACGGAUGAGGAUGGUAAGCCACCAGGCACGCCCACUCACUACACCUGCAGCAUAUGCCAGCUGCGCUGUGCGCGCAAGUUUGAGCUGCAUCAGCAUCAGCAAGCGAUGCAUCGACUGGAACGGAUAAACGAGGGCUGUGAUGCCUGCAUCUUUAAGAGUGUCUCAGCAGAUCUCAUUGCCUAUCAUCGGAGCGUCUUAUGCUAUAAUACGGAGAAACACUUCAAAUGCUCCAAGUGCGGCUACAAGUUUAUGUGGGAAAUGAAUUUGGCGCAACAUAUGAAGCUGCAGCAUCCCAGCAGCGAUGGCAGCGAAACGCAGCUGAAUGCAAGCUCGUUGCCUGCACAGGAGGUACCCAGCGCAGAGUGUCCGAUUUUCCAGUGUGGACAGUGCCCUAGUAAAUAUAAUCGCAAGGAUCGUCUCACUGCACAUGUAAAGAAAUGUCACGCAGCGGGAACAAGUGGUCCUACGGCUGCUUCAGAGAAGCUUAUAAAAAAUGCAACUGGCGCCAAGCAGCAGAAGAGUUUCCUCUGCGCUUUCUGCGGCAAGGCGGUUAGCUCCUCAUCCAAUCUGAUUAUACACAUACGUCGCCACACUGGCGAGAAGCCUUUUAAGUGUGACUAUUGCGACAUGGCUUUUCCACGUUCCUCCGAUCUGCAGUGCCAUCGACGCACUCACACGGGCGAGCGGCCGCACGUCUGCACUGUUUGCCAGAAGGGCUUUGCCCGAUCCUACAAGCUGCAGCAGCACAUGCGCAUCCACAAUGGCGAGCGGCCAUACAAGUGUACUUAUUGUGACAAGAGUUUCACUCAGUCAAAUGAUCUGACUCUGCACAUACGACGGCACACUGGCGAACGUCCCUAUCAGUGCAAUACGUGCGGCGAGCGUUUUAUUCAGGGCACAGCCCUGAAGAAUCAUCGCCUGCAACAUGGACACCACGACACGGAAGCUGACCAGGUCAAGGAUAUCUAAGUGAGCCUAUGAUUAAAGAGAUUAUAAAUAA